AUGAUGGCCCCUCCACCAAUUAUCGUCAAAACGGAACCCCCUCCACAACAACAACAAAUUCCGGUCAAUCAGACGAUAAAAACCGAGCCCCAGCACGACCCGGAUGCGACACCCCCAAUGAGAAAUGGAAUGGGAGAAGAGGAGAGAGAAGAGAGAGACCAGAGAGAAGAGAGAAAGGGUGAACCAGCAGAGACAAUUGGGGAACAACCGGCUGAAGAGGAGGAAGAGGAGACCGAAGAUCCAUUUGAUAAGCCCCCUCGUGCUCCCCAUCCACAAUCACCGCCAAGGGAAGAGGAGGAAGAGGAGCAGCAACUUCAACAGAGCUCGAUUUCUGACGAGCAGCCGAAGCCUUCGCCCUCAUCAACAACUGCCGUCUGUCCAGAGGAACCAGAAAGAAUCCGGGAAAAUGGCAAUCAUACGGAAGAAAGGGACGCCAUUCCGGAAGAAAUUCCGAUCAAGACGGAAGCGCCAAAAAUUGAGGAGCAAGAAGAGCCGGAAAAGGAGCCUGAACGUCCCGAGGAAGCUCAAGAAGCUCAAGACGGUCAAGCUGAAGCCGCCGAAGAGGCAGAGGAACCGGAAAAAGAAGAGCAACCGGAAGAAACGGCAAUUCCGGAACCAGAAACCCUGAAAGAACCGAGCCCGGAACCUGAAGCCGAAGCCGAAAUGCCUGAAGCGGAAGUGAAAGAAGAGGAGGAAAUCCCUGCUUCUUCCGGAAUUCCGGAACCGGAAGAACCGGAAAAACAAGUGGAAGUAGAAACGGUCGAAGUAAAGCAAGAGGAGCCGCAGGCCGCUGAGGAGGCGGAAAAGGAAGCCACUCCCGCUCCAGCGAUUCCCGAAAUUGAGGAAGAGCUCGUGAAGGAGGAGCCGGAAGCCGAAGCAGUUCCGGAGACCGUUCCGGAAGUUCCGGAAGUCGAACAGACUGAGGUCGAGGAGAAGCCGCCUGCUGCUGAAAGGGCCGAGGCCAUCGAGGAGGCCAUAGAGGAUGAGGAGGAGGCGACCUCCGAACCGACGGCCGCUGAAGAGGAUGAAGUGGAAGAUGAAGCGGAAGAAGCGGUAGAUGAUGAGGAAGAAGAGCCAGAAGAACAACUCCCAAAGCCCAAGACCAAAAACACUCCCAAAAUCAAGCUGGGCAGCCAGAAAAAGGCCUCCACCUCCGCGGCGUCAACUUCAAGGAGUUCAGCGAAAAAGAAGAAGGAGCCGGUUUAUGUGGACGAUUGGGAUGAUGAUGAUGAACCAUACGAGACAAGCGCAAAGAAGAAGCGAGCGGCAACGUCGGCGAAGAAAAAGGCGGCCAAAAAGCAGCAGGCAUUAAUAGAUUAUGGAGAAGAAUAUGGGGAUGAAGAUGGAAUACCCCCCGAAUUAUUGAUGGAUGAUAAGAGAAGAUCGGGAAGGAGACAGACAACCACUACAAAGACAUACACUGAACCAUCCAUCCACGAAUUCGACGAGUUCAUCAUUCCUGACAGCGAAGGGGGUACACCAACUGGAGAUGAGGAUGAUGAAGAUCUUCCACCUGCUGUACAUAUGCCGGCCGUUGUCGAGAAGAUCCUUGCCAUGCGCAGUGAGGGUGGUGAGGAAAGCGAAGAGGAAUUCUACGUCAAAUGGAAGGGCCGAGCCCACAUGCACUGCGAGUGGAAGACUGCCGCACAACUGGAAGAAAUCGACAAACGAGUCUCGGCCAAAUUGAAGCGAUACAAACAGAAGAGGGCGGCAGGAAUCGAGGAUGAAGAAUUGAAUGAGGAUUAUCUGGUUGUGGAGAGGGUAUUGGCUCUGGAUACACAGGAUGAUGGGGAUGAAUAUGCGCUUGUCAAGUGGAAGAGUCUACCGUAUGAUGAGGUAACAUGGGAGCCCCUAUCUACCGUACCCACCGAAAAAAAUUGUAUUCUGGCUGAUGAAAUGGGACUCGGAAAGACGGUGCAAACGAUCACGUUCCUGUCUCGUGUCUACGAGUACGGUAUCCAUGGCCCAUUCCUAAUUGUCGUCCCCCUAUCCACAAUCCACAAUUGGGUCCGAGAAUUCGAGACGUGGACUGAUAUGAAUGCUGUUGUCUAUCAUGGAUCCGCUGCAGGGAGACAGAUAAUCGAGGGCCACGAGAUUUACCACGAAAAGCCGACCGGCAGUGACGAUAAGAACAAAGGAUUGUGGCGGAAGGGAAUCUGCAAACUCGACGCCCUGAUUACCACCUUUGAAAUGGUCGUCACAGAAGUCGAAUUUCUGCGAAAAAUCAACUGGAGAGUCUGUGUCAUCGAUGAAGCACAUCGACUCAAGAAUAGAAACUGCAAACUGCUCACUGGUGGUUUAUUGUCUCUCCGUAUGGAGCAUCGUGUCCUCCUCACCGGUACUCCACUGCAGAAUAACGUUGAGGAGCUCUUCUCCCUUCUCAAUUUCCUUCAUCCCGAGAAAUUCGGAAGUUCCGACGAGUUUCUUCGCGAGUUUGGCGAGUGCAAGACUGACGAACAGGUGACGCGCCUCCAAGAGAUCCUGAAGCCAAUGAUGCUGCGCCGUUUGAAGGAAGAUGUCGAGAAAUCCCUGCAGCCAAGAGAAGAAGUCAUCAUUGAAGUCCGCCUCCUGCACCCGGAAAUGGAUGAGGAUACGGCCCAAAGAAAGGCCCUUGUUGAUGCUUCGGGAAAGAUGGUGCUCAUCGAGAAGCUGCUCCCCAAACUCAAAUCUGAUGGCCAUCGAGUGUUGAUAUUCUCUCAAAUGGUCAAAGUACUCGAUCUCAUCGAAGAAUUCGUCUCCAAUCAUGGAUACCUCUACGAGCGGAUCGACGGAAAUGUGCGUGGAGAUCUCCGCCAAGCGGCCAUCGAUCGAUUCUCAAAGAAGGAUUCGGAUCGUUUUGUAUUCCUUUUGUGUACUCGUGCCGGUGGAUUGGGAAUCAAUUUGACGGCCGCUGAUACCGUAAUCAUCUUCGAUUCGGAUUGGAAUCCACAAAAUGAUCUCCAAGCACAAGCGAGAUGUCAUCGUAUUGGACAACAGAAAAGUGUCAAGGUGUACCGGCUGAUCACGGCGAACACGUACGAAAGGGAAAUGUUCGACAAGGCAUCCCUCAAAUUGGGUCUCGACAAGGCUGUAUUGCAAUCGACGACUGUUAUGGAUAAGAAGGAACAGCUCACCAAGAAGGAGAUCGAAGAAUUGCUGAAGAAGGGAGCAUACGGCUCGAUAAUGGACGAAUCAUCGGAAGGAUCGAAAUUCUCUGAGGAAGAUAUCGAGACAAUUCUCUCGCGAAGAGCCACUACAGUAACCCUUGAGGCCGGAGUGAAAGGGAGCACCUUCUCAAAGGCUUCUUUUGGAUCAUCAAAUAACACCGAAGAGAUCGAUAUUGAUGACCCCAAUUUCUGGAACAAGUGGGCCGAGAAGGCGAACGUCGACCUGGAGAAGGUGAGGGAGCGACAGAGCGGAAAGCAGCUCAUCAUCGCCGAGCCGAGGAACCGGAAGAAGAGAUUCGAAGAAGACACCCUAAAAGAAGGCGAAGGAUCAGGAUCUGAUGAAUCAGAAAUGGGAGCAAAAGGAAGAAGAGAUCGAGCGCGAAAGAGAAGAAAAGGAGUGGAGGAUGAUGAUGAUGAAUAUGUCAGAUAUCGACCCGAUGAAUUGGCAUUCAAUAAGACCGACUACUUCAAGGUUGAGAAGCUGAUUGGGUCGUUUGGCUGGGGAAGAUGGAAGCUGAUCAAAGAACAAGGGGAUGUUGAUGCGAACGAGACCGAACUUGAACACCUUGCCCGUACCCUAAUCCUCCACAAUCUUCGUGAUUUCCGCGGUGAUGAGCGGACAAAAGAAUAUGUCUAUGCUGUCAUCGAACCAACU